GUCUGCCCCCUUCCUAGUGGCUAUAUCCAGGCCUUCCUCAAAAUGAAGGGAGGUGCUUGAAAAAGACUCCAAUAGACUUUCUCAAAAGUUCCCCAGCUUGUGAGUGUAACUUUUCCUAUGAGCGUUAUGGAACAGCUUGUGCCUGCUAUCCGGGGCUCAAACAGGACUGAUAAGUUGUUAGAUCCGAAGAUGACUUCAUGCCAGAGUCUAUGGAAUAUAUUUUUGGGACAAAUCUGGAUAGGACAACUCAACUGAGAGCAUAAAAUGGGACACUGACUGUCUAAAGACAUUUCAGCCUCCGCAGUGACAGACGCUAAUUCUGCAGUGCUCAGGAGCAAUCCAUGGCCAGUGCUCCGCCACAAUGAGAGACCGCUUAAAAGAGUUACUGGAGAGGACUGAGGAGGUUUCUGAUCGAGGAAGUUUGAGUUCUAACCCCCAGUCCGAGGACGACGACGACACUGGCAUGUCUGUAGUUGUCGGGGUCAUAACACCAGAGGCUGUGCUGUUUGAGGAGGAGCCAGUCAUUGACAAUUUCCUGUCGGAAGUUCAACAAAUCCGAAAUGAUAUUGUCACGCUGGAGAUCGCGGUCCUGAAAUUCAGCCAACAGCAGAAGAUGUUGGUCGCAACGAUGCGGCGCUUUAGUAUAAUGAAAAAAGAGAGCAGCAUUACGAGGGACAUCAAGCUCCAAGCUGAGAGCCUCCACCGACGUCUGGACAAGCUUUCUAAACAAGUGCAAAAAGCAGAAGAGCAGCAUGGUCCUACUGCUGUUGCAACAAGAAUACAACGCUCCCAGCAUGCAGCCAUUUAUCUUAAAUUCCAGCAGGUAAUGCGGCAGUACAAUGAAGGACUGUUGACCAAGCAGGAGCGCUGUAAGCAUUUCAUUAUCCGGCAGCUGGAAGUCUCCGGAAGGGAUGUGACGGAAGCGGAGGUGAACGAGAUGGUUGCCACAGGAAAGUGGGAAGUCUUCAAUGAAAACCUGUUAAACGAUGUCAGAAUCACUCGGUCCCAACUGUCUGAGAUUGAACAGCGGCACAAGGAGUUGUUGAGCCUCGAAAGCAACAUGAUUGAGCUGAGGGACCUCUUCAUGGACAUUUUCAUCCUCGUGGAGGAACAAGGGACCCAAAUUGAGCACAUACAGACCAAUGUAGAGAGGACCCAGGAUUAUGUGGCAGCCUCUAAUGAGAAGUUCAAGUUGGCCGCCAGGUACAAGAAAAAAAACCCUCUUCGUCAGAUCUGCUGCUGCUGUUGCCCUCCCUGGAAAUGCUGCUUUUAAACUUCAACGAAUUGGGAUCCAGCGGCUGGUAUUCUAAGUGUCUGCCUUACCUGUUGGGAGUAAACAACAUUGGAAUCGAGUGCCAUUAAAGUGAAGGUUAUGGUACUGCGGUUCUUGCUGUUGAACACAGCAACGGUGAAGACAGAUUCAGCAGAGCAUAGAAAACAAUUAAGGGGGAGGCCAGGAAUUGAUAUUUGAGGCACUUAUUUUUUUGAAGAGGGUGUGAAGUGACUGCUAUUGGAAGAGACAGUUCACUGAGUGCUCUUCACCAACAUGGCUGUUUAUUGGAGACCUUCACUGUCAUCUGAAAGAGGUCACAAACAAGACUUCUACCUCUGCAACUAUCACUGCUUCAUCACAAAUUCCACUGUUCUAAACUUUUUGGUUCUUCCACAAGCACUUGUGUCCCCCCCCCCGCCCCCCCAAAUGCUAUAUUUAGACAGUGCACUUUGCUAAAGCUCAUAUUUAUUAUUGUGGGGGAUUUAGUUUUCUUUUUUUUCCAGAUGCCAAUGAUAGAAAAAGAAGGAAAUGUUGUCACCAUGUUUUAACGGAAGUAGCAUUAUUUCAUUUCAGUUAAAUAGCAUAUAGAGUGGAACCCUGCAAAAUUAUUAUUUUUUUUUAAAACUUGACUGUUAAGAAUGUUAAUUAAAACAUUGUCUGCACAAUUUAUAAAUUAUUUAUGACAAAUUGAUUAAUUCAGUGACUAUUUCAUGUGGGAAAGAAAAAUCUAUAUUUGAACAAAUCACAUAUAUAGACAAACUUCCAGAAUAAAUUGUGUUCAAAUGUAAUGUUCGACUGUACUAGUAUAUAAGAGAUUUGGACUAAUAAUUAUUGUUCUUUCAAAUCUGAGGGAUAAUUAAUUAUGACAUUGCUCUGGUUUAAACCCAGUUACAGUAAAUAAUAUAUUUAAUGUUUAUAUAUUUUUUAAUAUAAUUUAUUGUGGUGUGUAUUUAUUAACUCGAUUUGGAACAGUGCGUAACUCCACCCAUGUCAGAUGUACUGAACCAAUGAAAGUCAGUGAAGAGACGGAAAAGUGAGCGAUGCCCCGUGUCGUGUGUGUCAGCAGACAGGUAACUUGGGUGUGGCAAUACGAGACAGGAAAAACGGGUUUGCCUCCGAUUACGACAACAGCUGCGCCUGCAGUUCCCCCAAGACCUUCUGUGUAAAUAGAACCGUAACUUUGUGCAAAAGAUGUGUUCCUUUUUUUUUUUUUUUUUUUUAUUUUAACCAUAAUGCUGGUUUAAAACAAAAGUGUUUCAACUUGAACUUGAACGACACAAAUGUUAAGACUGAUUGACAGGAUUGACAUUAAGUAAGUCAGUUUGGCAUUUUCUCCCGGAUAUUGGCCAUUCACAUGACACAUAAUAAACGCUACCUAUCAAUAUGGUGUUUUAUUUAGGGAACAUGUUAUUUACAAGGAUCCCCUGGGUCUAGUAGAGGAACCAGGUGGGAUUUUCUUUGAGGUGUUUACUGGCAUUUCAAUGGCAUCAGAAAAAUUGUGGGUUGUUGUUCCUCCCCCCCCCCCCCCACCCCUGCCUUGCAGUGAUUGGGGUGACAUUUUGAAAAAAACAACAACAUAAAAGCAUGUAAGCUGCAAUAUGGAAUGGAAAUAACAAUAUAAUAUUAUGACAAUAUAUUAUUGCGCUGCAUAACCUCACACAUACAAAAAAAAAAAAAAGGUUACAGAGCAGCAACAAUGCCAUCCAGUGUUCACUGACAUAAUUGCCAGUUGAAUGUACUGAUUGACUCCCACAAGUCAAAUGCUGAGAGAGAAGAGAGUCUGAUUUGUAUACUUAAUCUUUUAAACAAAUCAGACAAUCAGACUGGGGAUUGUCACUUUGUAUAUUCUCAUUGUAUUACAGAAUGUCGUUAUACGUAUUCGUUAAACGUUAUUGUCAGGACAGGACUGGUUUAAAGAUAGCAGGAAAGAAAUCUAUGUGGAGCAGUUUUUAGUGCAUGACAGCUGAAGGCCAGUUUCAUCCACACAUUCCCUAAAUGUCUCACUUCAUGAAGAAAUGGCGUUUUUACAGCCCCCAAUUUGCUUCCAUGCACCUUUUUUUUCCCUAACAAAAGACAGAGUCGACAUUACCGCCUGCUUUUAUUACAUCCAUCACAAUGUGAAACUGAAGGAAGAUAGAAAAAUGUGUUCAUAUCAUAUAGCAUCUGUUUGCCUGGCAGUUCUACUAUCAACAGUUAAUUAUAAAACAUAUUUUACCUUCAUCCCAGCUCACUGGAAAUAUUUUAUGCGCACAUUUUUCCAUCCAAAAUCUACAAACAUCUUGAUACUUGCUGACAAGGCAAUGUCAAUGAUAGCGUAUAGUUAAAGAUGUUAACUUCCGACUGAGUAAAGUCGCUCUGUUUCCAGAUUUUAUACUAUGAUUAAAUAUGUAUUUAUUGUAAGGGUGGUGUAGAAAAAGCCAUCCACUUUAAUCCAAUAUCUUCCAUAACAAAACAUAAAAACAACAAAACAUGGCACCGUGGCCAGGGAAAUCAGAAUCAGAAUCAGAAUCAGAAUCAUCUUUAUUUGCCAAGUAUGUCCAAAAACACACAAGGAAUUUGUCUCCGGUAGUUGGAGCCGCUCGAGUAGGACAACAGACAGACAAUUGACAGAUAACACUUUGGAGACAGAAAGACAUUGAUAAAAAAACAGUCAAUGACCAGUAAAGAGUUGCUAGUUAUCUGGUAAUGCCGGUAAAUAAUUUUCUUUUUGACAAUUGUGCAAAAAGAUGCAGAGUCCUCUAGCACUUAGAGCAGUUGGAAUGACUAAUAUUGCAAUAGUCCGGUGCAAUGACCAUUGUGCAAAGGGCGCCGAGACUUCAAGGAGUGUAUGCGGUGCAAUAAAAACACUUAGCCUUACUAAAUACUGAGGAAAGUCUGCAUUAUAUGUUUCGUUUUUCGGAUUUUAGUUUAACCUCCCCCAGAAAUCCUUAGUUUUAUUCAAAAUACAGUGUUUUGCUUUCUUUCAAACAUUAUCUAACCCUAAAUUAUUGUGUGCAUUGGAUACAUCAGAGGAUAGAAACACUGGACAGUGUUAAAUUAUAGUUCUGAAAAUGUUAACUAUGAUAUCAAAUUUUAUUUGAUAGCACAAAACUUGAAUUGAUACAUUUAUCUUGAUAUAAAGUGCUACGGUGUAUAUAGUUUGCGCUAAACAGUUUCAUUAAAAUUGACACUUUCUUGGAAAAGAAAAAAACAUUAAUAGCUCGAACAUAAAGUACUUUUGCAUUGGUCACUGUUAAAGUGUGAAGUGUAAUUGUAAUAAAUGUGUUGUUAUUUUGUCUUAGCUUGCUGGGAGACCCAAAGCAGGCUCAUGAAAACUUUUGUCCUUCACAGUGAGGAAAGUCAGCAUAAUGUGAGGUCACGCCGAGCUGAUAUGAUUCGCUACAGUUUGUACUGAAACUUAGAGUUGAAAAGGUGAAGUAUUUUUCUUGCUGCAUUAGUUCAUCAGAUACAAAGACAAUAUUUACACAAACACAUUGUGUUGUAUUGUAAUGUAUUGUAUUAGAACGUUAAAACAAAUGGCAUGAUAGCGGCUCAGGUGAAAGAGAUUUGGCCAGUAGAGGGAGCUGAUAUGCAAUAAUUAUAAUCGGCGUUUGUCAGGCCUUGGCAGACAAUAGGCUUUAUGCAAACAGCUGUGACACAUUGGGACAAAGGUGAAAAUUAACUGAGAUGUUGGGGAAUGAAUUUAAUUCAGAGGAUUCGGCCUCACUUUAUGCUGAUGGAAGGGUUGGCGUAAGAGACAUUGAACACAUUUAGUGUGAACAUUUCUUUGCAGUCCAAUAGACCUCUUUUGAAAAUAAAA